AUGAAGUCAUCACCAGCUUCGCCAUCAAGAGAGCCCUCACCUCCGCUUGCAGCCUUGUCUAUAUACCAACUCGCUCGAUUGAAUUGCAGAGAACGACUUCUCGUCGACCCUCUAUAUUGGACUAGCCGCCAUGUCUCACUCCUACAAUGUCAUUUUGACAGUCCCGCUCCGGCGCCAUCACCAUCAGAAUCACUAACAGUCUCCACUGACGGACAGCCUAACCAAAAGGUCAUUGAUCAUGUCAAGCGACUUUGUUCUCGCGGCCAAGCUUUUCGGCGGGAUAUCGGCAUAUGUGGCAUUCUUACAGGUCCCGGGUGUCCAUUUACAUAUGAAAAUAACCUUGAUUUUUAUUUCGACGGACGGCGUAUCAGAACCCUACCCUGCAUUGUCUUCUUUCUUGGGGACGACCCCGUUGCCGCAGCCAAAGGGCACUUACCUCCCGUAGCUGCAUUUAUCAACCGUUCCGAUAUCAAGCACCUACGCGCCGACACCUUUAGCAAGCGUUAUCCUAGACGGUAUAGCAAACCUACCUACUCUCUGCUCAAACUCCAGUUCAAGAAAAUCAUUCCUCCGGAGCCUUUGCACGACCCGUAUAUUGUAGCGCUCUUGAUAAGCUUGGCAUACGAACAACGUUAUUUUGCGCAACGAAGCGGGCAAGAAAACCAGGUUGAUCAGUCUUUCUUGUCCCAAGUAUUAGUAGCCAACGAUAAGGAAAAUCUCCACUUGUUCACUGCAGAUAUAUCCUCUUCUUUUCUGCACAAACUCGAUUUUCCUGCACUUCCCCCCCCAGGUCCUGUGCCGCCAAUUGUGUCCAUCCGGCAUACAAUGAUCCCAUUCUCACCGUUCGAAACUUUCAGAGAGCGUCUCUUGCAGUGUCUGCUUCCUACAUCUGACAACCACAGUAGCUAA